AUGGGCAGCUCUCUGGACAUUUACCCUUCAGGCGCCAAAUAUGGCAGUAGAAUCUACUUACCAAAGAAGGGAGAACGUCGGGGCGGCACUCCACGUCAGCCGGGCAGCCCGUCAGGCGGCAAGACACGCUUGUUGCCAGCCACCUCACAGGCCCUGCAAGACAGACGUGUGGCCCUACAUGCCUACAGGCUCUACAGCCUCCAAGCCUCGAGCACACCAGCAGCAACUCUACAGGCGUCCAGCCUACAAGCCUCGAGCACACCAGCUACAAGCAACUCUACAGGCGUCCAGCCUACAAGCCUCGAGCACACCAGCUACAAGCAACUCUACAGGCGUCCAGCCUACAAGCCUCGAGCACACCAGCUACAAGCAACUCUACAGGCGUCCAGCCUACAAGCCUCGAGCACACCAGCUACAAGCAACUCUACAGGCGUCAAGCCUACAAGCCUCGAGCACACCAGCUACAAGCAACUCUACAGGCGUCCAGCCUACAAACCUCGAGCACACCAGCUACAAGCAACUCUACAGGCGUCCAGCCUACAAGCCUCGAGCACACCAGCUUCAAGCAACUCUACAGGCGUCAAGCCUACAAGCCCCGAGCACACCCACCGGCCUACGCAGCCGAAAGCGAGGGCCACAAUCUACAAGCCGCUCCCCCGCUUCAAGCCAGCACUGCUACGAACCCUGCAAGCCACUCCACGAUCCGGAAGAAGUAUUCACACCAGCAACGAGGAGGCACGCCCCGCUGACCUUGGGACACCCCACAUGCCCCUCGCUCCACAGCUGGGGGCACCACCGCCGCUGCCGGGAGCAUCGGCCCAAACCUCUUCCGGCAAACAGUCAGCAAGGGUACCCGCGGCCAUCUCCCGUUGACUGCAAGCUGUUCCCACUACCGUUUCUUGCAAGGCGUCUUCUCAAGAGGUUGCACACCCAAGUCGUCUUAUCUGCCACCGCCGCCCAUCUCUUACUAUAACAAGGACGACGCGGCCAUCAUUCGUCUGGCGGCAGUGUACCGGCUCCCAUCC